CACAUUAAUUAAUUAACAAUGGAAACAAAAACAUGGAUUUUGAUAUUAAGAUGGAUUAAUAUUGUAGCUGCGUAUAAUUUUAGAAUUAAAAAAAAACUAGAAUAGUAAUUGGAGCUAUGGGGAUCUAUCAAUUAGUUACUUUUUAAGUUUUUUAAGAUUUUCAUUACUAUGAAAUUUGGAGUAUUUUCACUCCUAUAUAUUCAUUGUAAACUAUUUCAUUUUAUAAAUUCAGGAUUUUUUGUGGCCUUUUAUUGGCAAUAGAAUUUAAGAAAGAUUUCAUUGCAGACUAAUUUUAAUUUAUGAUGAGUUGUUUUGGAAGAGGCGUAUUUUAUAUAUUGUAUAAAAUAAAAAAUUAUAUAAAAUAGUUUGGGUUCAGUAGUGUCUUAUUAACCUACAGGUGGAUCAUCAUAAUAAGUGUAAAAUAAUAUUAUAGAAUAUAGGGCUGGAUGGAUUUGGGGAUUGACUUUAUGGCUUGUUGGAAUAUUUUAUGUUAUUAUUCAUUUUGUUGGACCCAAGAGUGCGACUGCAGGUUUGAAAGAUGUAUUACUUUUCUUUAAAUUUAGGCUGUUGGUGCAGAAUAUGGAACAGCUUGA